UUUUCUUAGAAUUCGGGAAUUUCCCGUACUGUAUUUGUAUCAACCAGGAAAUGUAAAUGUCGACUGCAGAAGAUUGCUUGUAGAACAUUAUUAUGUAUAGUUCUCUUUUGGAUUUCAAACCCGACCAAACGAGGAUUAAAGCAGAUACCUUAACCUUUUAAAACAAACUGAGCGGAGAUCAAGGGGACGAAACCCUGGACCAAGAUGGCUCUGCAAACCGUUUUCGAGAACUUUAAACGAAAUAAGGACGCCCUCCUAGCCAUACACCAAGAUACAGUGGAAUGCUUUGAGAAAAUACAAGAAAGCCUCUUGAGUAAACGGCAUGGCCGAGAGCUGGCAACCCAGCUUGUCCAGGAGAUGACUAUGGCAAGUAGUCCUCCAGCCGAAUCUAUUGGAGUUGCUUUGGAUGAUCUGAGCAUGGUUGUGCUCAGCAUGGGGGGGAAAGAAUGCUCAAUCUCAAGCCUUGCAGAGACUCUGUACACCACAGAAGAAAGAAAGGAAGUCUGUAAGCUGUUCGAAAAGGAAAGCCGCCCAUCACUCAUAGUCAUAGGCCAAACGAACAGUGGAAAGAGCUCCAUCAUUAAUGAAAUAUUAGGAUGCAAAAUCGUGUCUACAUCCGAUCAACCAUGUACGUCACGAAUCGUGAAGAUGACAUAUUCAAAGGACAACUACAUUGAGUUGGUAACUCAGGAUGGUCAGAAAGUGCUAGAGAAGAUAAAGUCGCAGAAGGCCUCCAAAAUCCCAAGAGAACUAAUUGAGCUCAAGCAAGAAGACCGAGAGAAUCCAGAACGUGUGACAGCCAUUGUUAAAGCUGGUUUUGAUAUUCCUUUCCUGGAGUCUGGAGUUGAUAUUAUUGAUUCACCCGGGAGGAAUGAAAACCUUGUGCUUGAUGAAUUGGUCAGGAAGCAGUUGAACAACAUCUUGCCUUUCAUUGUGUAUGUUAUUGAUGGACAUAAUCUAUUUACAGCACAAGACAACGACGUUCUGAGAGAGAUCAUGGACGAGAGCGGAGGAUUGGAAAUUUUCUUUGUUGUGAGUAAAAUAGAACCACAGGAAAGUGAUUCCUCCGACGAAGAAGACGAGGACGAGGACGACGAAGAAGAUGGAAAGGAAACGGUCCAAGAGAGCAAGAAACGACGCGUUUUUGAACAGCUUGUCAAGAAUGGCUAUUUGUCUCCUGACAAAGACAGGGAUUCCAAUGAGAAUUUUCAUGGUCUGUCUGCAUGGAAGUUGUAUGAAUGUCGCUGCAAGAAAAAGAAGAAUCCUCAUUGGAAGGAUCCUGGUAACAUCUAUAAAGAAUACACAGAUGCUUUCGAUAGGUUCCAAUCAUGCCUUAAGAGUUUCGCAGAAUCUUGUCUGAAGGGGAGUGUUAAGAUAGCAUGUCAGAAGUUGAUUGCAGUUCUUUCGAGGUGUCUGUAUUUCUUUAUUGAGAAAGCUAAUUUACUUACGCAGAACAGGGAUGCCACGCUGGUUAUGCUAAAGGUAAUUGACCAAGAGGUGACAACCCUGCAUGUCAACGUCUUACGACAAAUCCAAAAACAAAAGGAAGAAAUCAAGGAAGUGAUGGCUGAAAACAUCAAGGCCCUAGAGGAGAAUGUCAGUGAAGCUGCAAGAUCUUUUCGGUACAGUGAAGAAUUUGCUAGUAUGCUUGGUAAAGAUGGUUAUGUCAGUGGAACCGAAGCUGUCAAUCAGUGUCGUACCCAGAUCGAACAAAUGGUCUUCAACAAAGUGCAGGAAGCAGUCAAAACUACAUUGCGCUCCAUGUUUCUCACUCGUGAUGAUUUUCUUGAAGAUCUUAUAAAAAAGAUGAAGAAGAUCGAAGAAGAAGCCUUCUCAGAGGAAGAAAUGUCAAACUCCGCGUCUGCCACACUUUUUUCAACUUUGGUGGUUUGCUAUGAACCUGACGUCGAGUGCAAGACCGGAGGCUGGACUUUCAAACGAAUAUUACAGAGAAUAAGCGAGUGGGUGAAAGGCUUUUUUACGCGGCCAGUCAUUACUAUAAAAGGCAAGGUUAAGGUUGGAGAAUCCAAAUGGAAAGAAAAAGUAGCCUUGGACACACUUGGUGCAAUCGAUGUGUUUGAAAUUUGUGAAGAUCUGGUGAAAACUCUUAAUAACCAUUUUGAGACCUGCUAUGAGAAGUUUAAGGUGGAGUUGAAGAACAUCGUGGACGUGUUAGCAAAGGGAGAAACCUUAAAGGAUUAUCAACGAAAGGCAAUCCUUCAGUUUGCACCAGACGUGGCUAGCCUCGAGAUGCUUUGCCACAGCAUAAACGACCUUAAUAGAUACGGCAGACCACAGAAGGGUGAAACUAUCAGUGCCGGUGCUCAGGGCCAUGUUUUUGAGUGCUUGAAUAUCAAAACCGAUGAAGGCAAACCUUGUGCCGUCAAGGUCGUUCCAGUCCCUAACGAAAGUGCGCUCAAAGAUUUGACUCUUGAACUUCACACUUCGAGAGGGCUCAACCAUCCUAAUAUCCUACCAGUUGUCUGCACAAUCAUAGAGCCAGUCCAAAGUGGACUCACGGUAUCAAUAGUGAAUGAGCGCAUGCCUUCAGAUCUUCACCACGCACUACCAAACAUUACUUCUCUUCGGGAACGCCUUAAUAUUCUAUUAGACGUUGCGUCAGCCGUGCAAUAUCUUCAUAAAAAGGGAUUGAUGCAUCGAGAUAUCAAACUACAGAAUGUUCUGGUUGACACAAACAACAGAGGCUACCUGACUGACUUUGGUCUUUGCAAACCAGAGGGGUUGGCAUCGGGUUCACUUGUAGGCACGCCGAAUGCAAUGGCCCCAGAAAUGAUCUGCCAGAAGUAUACCAAGUCCGUUGAUGUUUAUGCUUUUGGCGUCCUGAUGUGGAGAGUUUGUGAAGGAACUGGAAAGCAGCCCGCCAACAUAUUUUUCUUCCCAGUGCCGAUCGUCAUGCUUGUAGUGAAUGCAAAGGACGACAGGAAGCCGGAGAGAUUGGAGAAAUUUCUACUGUCUUGUUGGGCCCUCAUGGAAAAGUGCUGGGAGACAGAUCCACAUCUUCGUCCCUCAUUCGAUGAUAUCGUCCAUGAUUUGAAAGAAAUUUUAGCUGAUAAAUCUAUCACGUGAGAUUUUUUUUUGGAAACUUGUUAGUUUGAAUCCCUGGGUUGUAUACACUCUAUCAAUACGUACCGCUUACCUCGUUUCAAAGGAUUUGAACAUAUGACCAUCAGGGGCGGACACAGGGGAGGGGCGAAGGGGGUGCGCGGGAUGCGCACCCCUCACUGGUUCGACUUUGUGACCCUACUUCGAAGAUAACCAAUACGAAAUAGUUUUUUUCUUUUGAUUCUAAGUGGUGCACCCCUCCCUGAACAAAAUCCUGGAUCCGCCCGUGACCAUCAAGAUAGAAAUAUAGAUGAAAUUGAAAUUGAAAUUGAAAUUGAAAUUGAAAUUGAAAUUGAAAUUGAAAUUGAAAUUGAAAUUGAAAUUGAAAUUGAAAUUGAAAUUGAAAUUGAUAUUGAGCCAAUUAAAAUGAGAAUUAGAAUUAAAGCCAAAUAGAGCUAUAAAUCGUAAAUAUUUUACGACUAUCACUCAUGUCUGUUUUAGUAAGUCGAUAUCGAUAUGUCACGCGAAUAUUGCCGACGAGGUACCGCCGUGUACCAUAAGCUCACCAGAGCCGUCUAGUAUAUUGGAAAGUUGUUACGAGUUUUUUUCUUUUUAUCAUUAACAUUAACCUACGUAGCGGCGCUCUAGGGGACUGGGGAAGGAAGUAGGGAGCAUCUGCAAUGACGCUCUUGUUUUAGCGUUUAUACUCGUUCAUUCUGGGUGCUGGAAAUUCCUAUUGGUCGAUAGGUGUCUGACGUCAAACACGUCAUUCUUUGAAAUGCAAAGUCGAUCGAAGUAAUGGCAAACGAAGGCAUUCCCCCCCUCCCCCUUCCCCAGUCCGCUAGUGCGCCGGCAUGCAGACUAUAUCAUUAUUAUUAUUUCAGUCAAAAACUAGACUGUUUUUGAUAGCUAUUUUAUACUUGCAAUAUUGGUUGACGAUAACGAAGCAUUCUCCUCAUUAGCUUCUCUAGUUAGACAACCACCAUGGUGGCUGUUUCGUCGUUAUGCAAAGAGCAGUUUUCGUAUGACUGUGAAAAGGAACAAACAAACACGGUCGUGACAUGGCAAGAGGGAUACGCCAGACCAAUCACAUUGCUCGAGAAUGUAUUCUUCAUCCAAUCAAAUACCCGGAAAACGGCAUAAACACGGCGAGGACAUGGACACGCCAAGGUUGCGGCACUGUCAGACCAAUCACAUUGUGCGAGAGAAAAAAAACAGCCAAUUAAGAUUCUAUAAAACAUCACGGCAAGGUACGCUUACGUCACUGAGCUUUUCACAGUCAUACGAAAACCACCCUAGGGAUUUUGAUACAAGUAGAUGCACCCCAAGAAUCUUGAAAAUACCAAGUAGCUUAUCCAAUCAGAACACACAGUUUUUACCAUUUCUUACUAAUUUGUUACGAGUCACACUUCAACAAGCUAAGCGAUUAGUACAGGAGAGGAAUGACUUCGCCUACGACUCAUUGACGACAUCGGCGUCUAUAGAGAAACUGUACUGUACUGUACUGUUUAAAAUUCCUGUUUAUAUUUUUUAAACACAUGGUAUAGGAUAUAUGCCAUAGCUAUUGACAGUGAAACUUUUCUACGUAUCUCUUCUACUAAGUAAAUUUUAAAGUUGAAUAUACAAAGUACUAGACUAACUGGUAGAGCGAACUGGCGAAGAGUUCCCGCCAAAUCUACAAGAACUUAACUCCUUCGGAGGACUGUUUUGAAAAAGGUUUUGGUUCACCGGGUUUUCCUCCUCUGUACGUACACUUGAAAUAUCGUACGUUCAACUCAUCAUAUAUUUAGUAAAUAAUCGAUACUCAUGCGCAUGUUAGUAUUUGAUAUUAUUUACAAAUUGCAACUUGAGUAGGAACGAUUAUUGAUCCAAACAAUGUGAAUUAAAGAAAUAUGAUAGACAA